AUGGAAUGUCGACGGUGUUGUUUUUUGCGCGGUGGUGGUGUGGAGUUGGCGGUGGGAGAGGAGGAGGCGGGUUUUAUCCACCUGAUCGGAUCUCGUCGCGCGAGGCUGCAGGUGGUUUGGGGCUCGGACGCACGACGGAGUGGAGCGGAGCGAGGCGGGCCAAGAAAAACAAAUGUUUAUUCGAGGGAUUUGGUUGCGCCGACGAGCGAUUCCAGCCUGGCUCGGGUAGCCUGGAAGUUGGUCGGGCCGAUAGUCUGCUGCGGUCGUUUCGUCCGGUGGUGUGAAUUUUCUUCGGACACUUCGACGUGUUCGAAGUUUGCUUUGUAGGCUUUUUUCCGAGUAGGGGUUGUCAGCUUCUUGUGUUUCCGAUUUGUUUUCUUUUUAUUCGACUCUUCGAUUGGUGGCAAACUUGCACUCGUCAGACGAUGCGCGGGAGGAGAUGGAGUAGCCGAGGCAAAACCUAGAAUUUUUCUGGCUGGGUCGUUCGGGAAGGAUUUCUUUGCGUGGAGAACGAGCUGAUUGUAAGAUGCAGAUGGAUGUAGAUCACAGAACUGGUGGCCGGAGUAGGGAAAAAUGGAUUGGGAAAAUGAAUGUGGAUAUCAAGUAUGAAGUGGGUGGCGAGAGUGUGGAGAAUUCGACAGAGAAAAUGGAUGAAGAUGUCAGGGUUGGGAAUUGCGCCGAAUGUGGGGGAAAUUCUGGUGCGGAGGUGGAGUGCGAACACACGGACGGGAGGAAGACGAACGUGAAGGACUUGGACAUGGACACUCUGGUCAUGUGUGCUGGUAGAUUACAGGUGCGGGACUUGGCUAACAUGGCUGCCGUCUGUCACCAAUUUCGGACAGCAGCUUACGCUGAUGUCGUGUGGGAAGCUCAGUGCAGAACGCAGUGGCCCCCGCAGAAGGCUAGCUGGGGAGGAACAUUUCAGUUUUGCGGGGGACGAGAUGCUUUCGUGGGUCGGUAUCAUGCAAGUCGACAGUUUCGCUACUCUGACCCAGUGGACUGGCCAUACCAUCUCUCGAAUUCUCCCAUAACUCAUAUUCUGCUCGAGAACAAAAGUAUUGCGGUCUCUCAGGGCUCAAACAUUCUGGUUCUGAACAUCGGAGGUCCAUCCGAGCAACCUGAGGUGGUCCGAAUGCUCCGAGAUCAUAAUGCUAGAAUUACGUGCAUGAGGUUGUUCCCACAAGAAUUGGUGACCAGUGCGUUCCGGAACGGCGUGAUGGGACCUGAGAACAGUGUGCUGGUCACCUCGAGCAGCGAUCACACCAUUCGACUUUGGGGCAAUGGCCGACCUCGGACUUUCAGGGGACACAAUGUGGGGGUGAACACUCUCGCAGAUCGAUUGGUGGGCGGUGGGCGUGGCAGCUCAGCUGUUUUAGCCAGUGGUGGAGAGGAUGGCAGAAUCAGGCUGUGGUCGCUCAGCUCAACGGGAGGAAACCGAGGAAAAUCUCCUCUUGUGGCAACCUUUCAUGCGCACAGCGAGUCUGUCAAAGAACUGAUCGUCGUCGGGCGCAACGACUCCUUACUAGCAAGCACUUCGAAGGCUUCAAGCUCGAAAAUCCGAGUUUGGGAUACGCAUGCCAACACCACCCAGGGAGCAUGCGUGGGCUCAGUGAGCGGACCCGAGGGAGUUCCAGUCAAAUUGCUCUCCGACGGUGGCACUUGUUUCGUUGCGGGAGCUACGAAAGCCGUGGCAGUCGAUUUGCGCACGAUGUCCACUGUGGCCACAGUCGCUGUGGACGAGUGUGGAAUCUGCUCAUUUGCUCGUUCAUCAACUGGCUUCGUUUUUGGGACGGGAAGCUACGAUGGUACCGCAAAGAUGUGGGACAUGCGAAUGGGCUCGGACGACCAGCCUGAGCCUUGGGUCACUUUGGGUGACCAUGACGGACCUGUUCAUUGUCUCCACAUCGACCGGUACAAAGUAGUUUCGGGAGGCCAGCAUGAUCGACUGGUCCGAGUGUGGGAUGCGAACACUGGCGAAGAAAUUUCAGUUCUUGAUACAAUUGAAUUGGAUCGGGACUCGUUCCGGUGUGGGGUCACUGCCAUGGCAGUGCAGGGUUCUAGACUUGUCACCGGAACGUGUGGAGAUGUUUCUGGGGUACUCAGGUACCGCGACUUUUCGAACUGCACCAACCCUCUCGAUGCCCCCGGAGUCGUGACUGAGCCUCGGUCUGAAGGGGGGACCUCAAAGUUCUGGGAGGCCGACUUUGAACCGGGUGUGAAAUGAUGAUGGUCUCAAUCUGGGUCUGCUGGUGAGACAAGCCUUGGACCGUCCGUGUGUUACUCCUGUCUCGUGACCGCGUGAGAACCACUUCACUGGUUUGUGUACAUUUGUAGUUAAGUUGCAGUUCUACACUCGAAUAGAGGCUUCAAGGAGCUGGUAGAUUUGUUGUAUGUUCAGUAGAAAACGAGUCGACACUCUCGGGGUCUUUGAUCUUGGAGUUCCCCUGUAUCUCCACGAUUUGGUAUCUCCACGUAUGGCUUUAGUGAGGAAUCGCAAUCCGAAUGAUUUCGACAGACGUGAGAUGUGUUUGCCAUGUUGUUAUUUCCAUACUUUUGAGUACGUACAAGAUGAUUUUACGGAACUGAGACAUCAACAAAGGAUUUAUAUUGUACUCUCGAAGUGUACAGCGCUCGACAGUCUUUGAUCCUUUGCACGAUUUGAUGUACCGUCAAGCAAAGUGAUGCAAAAAUUGCGAAGAGAAAUAAAAAGAAGUUUUGGAC